UGCUGGUGUCUCACGUGACCUGCAGACGGUUUUCCACACAAUGCACGCGCUCACAAUGAGUCGACACGGAGCCUGACGUCAGCUGCACGGACACAGAGAUGACACCUGAGCGGCUUCCUGCGUGAUUUACGUUCACCUGAGCGCGCGUGAGAGCUGCCGCGGGACGCUGCGGGACGCCUGUGCUGUGUGCGGGGCUCGAACAUCUUCAUCACCGCCGCCGCUGCUGCUGCUGAUCCGCCCUCCAUCAGUCCGUGUCCGGAGAUGACGACCAGCAGCAGGUACAGGAGCCGCGCGCCACGGUCAGAGGAUGGAGAGGAAAAAGAUUACGUUGGUUUUGCGACGCUGCCCAACCAGGUUCACAGGAAGUCGGUGAAAAAAGGAUUUGACUUCACCCUCAUGGUGGCAGGUGAGUCCGGUCUGGGUAAGUCCACGCUGGUCAACAGUCUGUUCCUCACUGAUCUACACAAAGACAGAAAGCUGCUGAACGCAGAAGAGCGAAUCAGUCAGACGGUGGAGAUCACGAAGCACACGGUGGACAUCGAGGAGAAGGGCGUGAAGCUGAAGCUCACCAUCGUGGACACGCCGGGCUUCGGGGACGCCGUCAACAACACCGAGUGCUGGAGGGCGGUCACUGGUUACAUCGAUCAGCAGUUUGAACAUUACUUCAGAGACGAGAGCGGACUGAACAGGAAGAACAUCCAGGACAACAGAGUGCACUGCUGCCUCUACUUCAUACCUCCGUUUGGACACGGGCUUCGUCCAGUUGAUAUCGAGUUCAUGAAGGCUCUGCAGGAUAAAGUGAACGUGGUUCCUCUCAUCGCGAAGGCCGACUGCCUCACGCCAACUGAGAUAAAGAAACUCAAAGAGCGGCUGAGGGAGGAGAUCGAUAAGUACGGGAUAAAGAUCUACCAGUUCCCUGACUGCGACUCUGAUGAGGACGAAGACUUCAAGCGGCAAGAUAAAGAGCUGAAGGACAGCACUCCGUUCGCAGUGAUCGGCAGCAACACCGUGGUGGAAACUCGAGGUCAGAGAGUGCGAGGGCGUCUCUACCCGUGGGGCAUCGUGGAGGUGGAGAACCCGGCGCACUGCGACUUCGUGAAGCUGAGGAACAUUCUGAUAAGAACCCACAUGCACGACCUGAAGGACAUCACCAGCGACUGUCACUACGAGAACUACAGAGCUCAGUGCAUCCAGACCAUGACCAGCAAGAUGAACGCAGAUAAACGGGUGGAGAGCCCCAUCCCACUGCUGCCGCUGUCCACACCCAACGAUGAGGCGGAGAAACUCAUCAAGAAGAAAGACGAGGAGCUGAAGAGGAUGCAGCAGAUGCUUCAGAAGAUGCAGCAGCAGAUGCAUGAACAGGACCUGUGACGCCUCCACCCGACCUCUAACGCUACAUCUGUGACCUUUGAUUUCUUUAACACAGCGUAGACUUCACUAAAGUCACCUCGUCAGGGGACGAGAUAGUCAAUGGAAUGGUCACGGAGUAACAGUACACGACCAACAGCAUGCUGGGAGAUGUUUUUUAACCUAAUUUAAAUGUUUUUUAACGCAGUCGUUAGCCAAGUGAGUCCAGUUAGGCAAUAGUAAGUAGAUUGCACUUUGUUACCUUUAGGCCGCCGUAGAUUUCCGAGUGUGUUUUCUACUUGAAAUACUAAACGAAGCCGAUGCACCGCGCCCACAGUUCAUUUAGUACGUUAUGCACUGACUGCGUGUGUGUGUGUGUGGGGCAACCGCGGGAAAAUGAAAAGUAGCUGAUGGUUUGAAACACUUUGAACGGCAUGUGCACAUUCGGAGGGAGUUACGAACAGAUAAAAGCAGACGAGGGCGACUGCAAACGCUCGCUCACUUUUAGUUGGAGGAUUUUGGGAUUACCUGAAGGUCUCGCUCUGUAGACCUCAGUGAUCCCAAAGAUUGGAGUUAGUCUCCGUGAAGUCCCCCACAGGUUUCUGAAGAGUCGUCGUGAAGCCCAGCUCCCGGCUAAUCUAAAUAUC